AUGAAUUUGAAAGUGUCAGCUUCGAAGGCAUUUGGUGCCGACACGCUAUCAACGAUGUUCAAAAUGCGAAUGUUACGUCUAGAAAUCGGAAGGCGGUCUUUUUCGUCGAAAACGGACGUUUCCGCGCUGAGAAAUAUUGGCAUUAUAGCCCACAUUGAUGCUGGAAAGACCACAACUACUGAACGCAUGUUAUAUUUCAGUGGAAAGACAAAGAGGAUUGGCAAUGUAGAUGAAGGUGAUACGAUAACAGACUUUUUACCACAAGAACGAUCGAGGGGAAUCACCAUUCAAAGUGCAGCGAUCUCAUUUAGUUGGCAAAAUAAAUUCAGGAUCAACCUAAUUGACACUCCGGGCCACGCAGAUUUUACUUUUGAGGUAAUAAGGUCCCUGAAAGUUUUAGAUGGCUGCGUGACAAUUCUGGAUGCGGUUGCUGGCGUCGAGGCUCAGACUGAAAAGGUUUGGAAGCAGGCCAAAGGCAUCCCAAAGAUAUGUUUUAUCAACAAAAUGGAUCGCGCAGGCGCUGGGUUUAGCCGUACCACAAAGGAGCUUAUAGCAAAGCUGAACACACGAGUUCUACUUUUAAAUGUUCCAGUAUUCGCUAACACUUCAGGUCCUGGAGAACCCGUUUUCGAGGGUGUGCUAGAUGUAGUAAAUAAGAAGGUUUUGAGAUGGACUCCGCAAGAUCCAGAACGGGUAUCAGUUGAAGAUAUUAUAUGCAAUUCUUACUAUUGGAAUGAUUUAGUGAAGCUAAGAGAGUGCUUGGUCGAAACAUUGAGCGAGUUUGAUGAAGAAUUGGUUGAGUAUUUUCUAGAUACCGCUAAUGGCGACUACAUGAUCGUUCCUCCCGAGUUGAUUAAUAAGUCUGUUAAAAAAUCGUUGUUGGCCAACUAUGCUGUGCCGGUUUUGUGUGGUGCUUCAUUCCGUAACAUUGGCGUGCAGCCUUUACUAGACGCAGUUGUCAACUACCUCCCUUCUCCACUCGAAGCAAAACUUCCCGAGUUCAAUACUAAUGUUCCAGUGGAAGUCAAUAAGAAAGAAGGAUCUGUUAUUAACAACAACAAAAAUCUUUGUGUUGCACAGGCCUUUAAGGUAAUCACUGAUCCUAUUCGGGGCAUUAUGGUCUAUGUUAGGGUUUAUUCUGGAUGUUUGAACAGUGGCUUCACCGUUUACAACUCUACGACUGGUGCCAAAUUUAAGAUCGGUAAACUGGUUAUAAUGCACGCCAACGUAGCAGAAGAAGUAAAGCAACUUAAAUGCGGAGAGAUUGGUGUUUUGACAGGCUCUACUGUAUCAGAAAACGUUAGGACAGGCGACACUAUCAUCACGCAUAGUAUGAAGAAAGACGGCCUGAAAUCCUUAAACAGAGUAAAAGAAUUGGGGCUGAAAAUUAAUCCUAUCGAGACACCACCGCCUGUAUUUAGCGUUGCCGUUGAACCUAGAACUCUAGGAAACAAAAAGUUAAUGGAAGAGUCAAUUGCAACUAUCAUAAGAGAAGAUCCAAGUCUUCAUGUGAAUGUGGAUGAGGAGACUGGCCAGACUCUUUUGAGUGGGAUGGGCCAAUUACACCUGGAGAUAGCUAAAGACAGGCUACUCAACGAGCUCAAGGCAGAGGUGGAGGUUGGAAAAGUUAUGGUUUCGUUCAAGGAAACAUUAAAUGCGUGCACGAAGCAAAGCGUUUUGCAAACCGAAGAUGGUUACAGGUUCUCAAUAAGCGUGGAACCAUUAGAUGUAGCCAUGGCGGCUAAGAGCUCUGACGAAGAUUGGCACUACCUUUCAACUGACAAUAAUUACUUGAUCCUCGAAAAGUCACCCGCGUGUGCCGGAAACUGGCCAUACCAAAUAUCAUAUGAACAGAUUGUCAAUGCUGUUAUAUCAAGCAGCAUUGUAGCUCUGCAAAAAAGUGGGAAAAUUGCCAAUUUUCCGUUGCAUUCAUGUGCUGUCAGGAUAAAGAACGACUGGAGCAUACCGCUCGAUGCCACAUCUGUGUCUCAAACUCUUGCGCUGUCUCGAGGUUUGAUUUUUGAAGCGUUAAGAGAGCUUCCAGACACUGCCUUCGCAGUGUUAGAACCAAUCAUGCAUAUUAACGUCACAGUGAAGCAGAGCGAUAUGGGCCAUGUUCUGCAGGAUUUAACGGGCGCCCGCAAAGCUAACAUAUUAUCCAUAGAUGAUGAGCACGAUCUCACUAGCGGCGAGAACGCUGACAUACAGUAUCAAAGGCUAGCCGAGGAUCAAUUUUUACCAAUGGAUGCCACGCUGGGCCUAGCAAAUAUAUCGAGUGGUGCGACAGUAAAUAAGACCAUUCGAGCUUUAGUGCCCCUGAAAGAGAUAGUUUCGUACAUGAGUAAACUCCGGAGCUUAACAAAAGGCAGAGGCAGCUACACCAUGAACUAUCAUGGAAUGGAAAAAGUCACAAGUGAUCGUCUACCUAGCAUUUUAGAGGAAUUCUGA